ACUUUAAAUUCACAAAUGUUGCCUCUCAUGUGUGAUGGCCCCUUAAUAGAUUGCAGUUUGAUCAUCUAUAUCUUUUGUAUUUCAUUUUUCUUGUUCCUUGAAAGAAACUGCGGCAAACACAGAGAAACAUACAGAAAAGGGAUAGCUUUUGAUUCUCAACUGUUAAAGGUCAAGAUAAUUGAAGAGACAUUAUUUUUCAAUAAUUCUUUGGCACAUUUUACGCGCAGGUCGCGACUCACACAGUUUUUCAUCUCACUUAUUCCAUUACUUUUAGCAGAGAAAUCCAAAAUGCCAGCUAGAGAACCUGAUACAUCAGACCGAAUGGCCAAAUUUAAAUUCAACAACAAACAUGACGAGGCACGUCGGAGAAGAAAUGAAGUGAGCGUGGAAUUGCGUAAAGCCCGAAAGGAUGAUCAAAUGCUAAAACGUCGUAAUCUCACUGAAGACGAUGAUGCACAAAGUCCACCUGGUGUAAUGAAAUCUCCAGCACUUUCUGUAGACGAAGUGAUUGUUGGUAUGAAUUCUCAGGAUGAGGCAAAUGUUCUUUUAGCUACGCAAACAUGUAGAAAAAUGUUAAGCCGCGAGAAAAAUCCACCAAUUGAUGUUAUGAUAUCCAAAGGAAUUGUACCACGUUGCAUCGAAUUUCUCGGCUAUCAUCAUAAUGCGUCUCUUCAAUUUGAAGCAGCAUGGGCAUUGACUAACGUUGCGUCUGGCACUUCAGACCAAACUAACGUUGUUAUUGAACAUGGUGCCAUUCCAAAGUUGAUUGAUCUUCUUGAAUCACCUCAUCCAAAUGUGGCUGAACAAGCAGUAUGGGCAUUGGGCAAUAUUGCCGGUGAUGGGCCAGCGGCUCGUGAUCAAGUUCUCUCUCAAGGUGCCAUGCAGCUUUUAAUCGGUCUUAUUAAACCUACUAUAAAUGUUACUUUUGCACGUAAUAUUGUUUGGACGAUAUCGAAUCUUUGUCGCAAUAAAAAUCCAGCACCGCCUUUCGAGAGUGUCAAAGUCGCUCUGCCAAUGUUAAAAAAUCUCCUGACCAACACUGAUAAAGAUAUUCUUGCUGAUGCAUGUUGGGCACUUUCUUAUUUGACUGAUGGUCCAAAUGAGAAAAUUCAAGCAGUUUUGGAUUGUGGUCUUGUACCGCAUUUGGUUGCCUUACUUGGAUCACAGGAAGUUAGUGUAUUAACACCAGCAUUGCGAUCAGUGGGAAAUAUUGUCACAGGAAAUGAUAUUCAAACUGAUGCGAUAAUUAAUGCUGAAGCUAUUAAAUAUUUAUGCAGUCUUCUACAGCAUCAACGUGGUAAUAUUGUUAAGGAAGCUGCCUGGACCAUUAGCAAUAUCACAGCUGGUAAUCCAGAGCAAAUACAAAAAGUCAUUGAUGCCGGUGUUUUGCCACCAUUAAUAAAUGUUCUUCAAUCUGGUGACUUUAAGUCACAAAAAGAAGCAGCAUGGGCAAUAACAAAUAUGACAUCGGGUGGAACAGUUCAACAGCUUGCAAUUCUCGUUCAAAUGGGAGUACUUGCGCCAUUCUGUAAUCUUCUCGAUGCAAAAGAUUAUAAAUCGGUUGUUGUUGUACUUGAUGGUUUGACGAAUAUUUUAUCGGCUGCGGAGAAAAUGGGAGAAGUCGAACGCAUUGCCAUUAUGAUUGAAGAAGUUGGAGGUCUUGAUAAACUUGAAAAUUUGCAACAUCAUGAAAAUGAACAAGUCUAUCAAAAGUCCAUGGCAAUAAUUGAUAGUUUCUUCGCUGAACCCGAGGCGGAAGAUCAAAACUUGGCACCAGCGGCUGUUGAUGGUCAACUGAAUUUUCAAAGUGGAACUACACCGAAAGGUGGAUUUAAUUUUUGAAAAUUAUCCGAGGAUAACAUUAUCUUUCACUUUGUAAAUAAUUCAAAAUAAGCUUCAAAAGAAAAAACUA